UCCUCAGAGCUCGCCGCCUCCGAUCGAGCAAGAAAAUUCAUCCCUUCUUCUUCUCCGUUGGGCUAAUCUCGUAUCGUAUGCCUCAAGCACAACACCGCUGCUGCCUUGCAUGACCUCCGCCGCCGCGGCUCCAUCGCCCUCCCUGCAGCUGCUCCGGCCAGCCACGGCGGCGCCGCCCAACUCGGUCCACCUCGGCAACCUCGAGCACCUCUUCCGCCACCGCGGCCAAGGCGCCACCGCCGUCGUCCAGCCCGUAGCUCAGAAGAAGAAGAAGGCGGCGCCGCUGCUCCGGCUGCCGUCCUUCUUCAAGCGCGGCCGUCCUUCUUCUCCAGAUCCGGCCAUGGCGGCCGCCGCGGACCUGUCGCCGCGGCUCUUCCAGCCGUCGCCCCCCGACGGGCCAUCCCCGCGGGGCGACAUCGCGGCGUCGUGGCGGCGGCUCCACGGCGAGGAAGGCUGCUGGCGCGGGCUGCUGGACCCGCUCCACCCGGACCUCCGGCGCGAGAUCGUCCGGUACGGCGAGUUCGUCGGCGCCGCCUACUCCGCCUUCCUCUCCAACUCCGACGCCUCCCCCAAUUCGGACCUGGACCAUCUCGCAGGCGCCGUCCCUCUCCAGGACGCCGCCUACCGGGUCACGGCGCCGCUCUUCGCCACCUCCUCCGCCAAGCUUCCGCCAUGGCUGGCGUCUCUGGCCGGCCCAUGCGCGGCCCAGCGGACCUCCCUCGUGGGCUACGUGGCCGUCUGCGAGUGCCCCGACGAGGUCCGCCGCAUGGGCCGCCGCGACAUCGUCGUCGCCCUCCGCGGCACCUGCACCGUCCUCGAGUGGGCCGACAACGUCCGGGCCGCCCUCGUCCCGGCCCACCACAAAGAUUCAUCCUCCUCCUCCUCGUCUUCGUCUCCGGCGCCGGGCAAGGUGGAAUGCGGCUUCUGGAGCCUCUACAACACCCCCGCCGACGCCUCUCCCGAAACCUCGCUCUCAUCCGCCGUCGUCUCCGAAAUCCGCAAGCUCCUUCAAAAAUACGAAGGGGAAGAGAUAAGCAUCACUGUCACAGGCCACAGCCUGGGGGCAGCCCUGGCGGUGCUAAUCGCCGACGAGCUGACCUCGGCCGUGUGCCCCGGUGGGCCGCCGGUGGCGGUGUUCUCGUUCGGCGGGCCGCGGGUGGGGGACGGGGAGUUCGCGGCCCGCGUGGAGGCCCAGGGGGCCCGAGUCCUCCGCGUGGUGAACGCGCACGACGUGGUGCCGCGCUGCUUCUUCCCCGGCGCCGGCGGGCGGUGGUACGCCGACGUGGGCCGCGAGCUCAGGCUCGACAGCAGGGCCUCGCCGUACCUCCGCCCCGACGCCGACGCCGCCUGCUGCCAUGACCUCGAGGCCUACAUCCACCUCGUCGACGGCUUCCUCGGCUCUCACUGCCCGUUCAGGGCCAACGCCAAGAGGAGCAUCCUUAGGUUGCUCCAGAACCAGGGAGGGAAUGUUAAACAGCUUUAUAUUAGCAAGGCCAUGGAGAACAUGAGACACAUCCAUGGCCUCGACGGCGGCGCCGGCGCCGGAGACGACGCUGCGGCGCCGGUCGGAUCGCCGCUCGGCCGCCGUCUGCUUGAGUGCGUGCAAUGACGAAACAAGAUGUUUGUUUGUUGUCUUGAUUAAUUAUUCCAUGGGGGAAAAAAUGGAGCUGACUUGGGUUAAUUCUUAGAGUACUUUGGGUCCUGAGUUUUACCAAGUAAACAAAGAUGAUGUGUGUUGCUUAAUUUGGUCAGCCAACACACGAUUUGUAUGGUACACUGAAGUCAUCGAAGAGGACUUUGGGGUUGUGCAGCUAGCUCAAGAUUUAUUGGUUAAAUUGGUACUUUGGGUACAAAGAUGUGGUGCCAUCAUGUACUUUGGUGUGUGAAAAGGAAAUCCUUGGAAGAUUCCGGGAUGGAUAAUGUGUUCAUGUUAUUCUGUGUAAAUUGUGUAAGAUAUAUAUGUACAGAAAUGAUUGUUUGUGGUCUCAAGUUCACAUCA